CCCUCAUGCAAACUCCACCACCUCUCUCUCCUCCUCCUUUCUCUCUCAUCCCCCUUCCCUCCUCCUCUCUCCUGCUUCCGCCAUGGCGGAGCGGGUCCCACCGGCCUCUCCUCCGCCCGGGCCCCACUCCUCCUCCCUCCUCUCCCCAUCCUCUCGCACCGUCUCCUUCACCACCAUCGUCCAACAGGAUCCCAAAGCCGACCCGAAUCCGAACCCGAAUUCGUACCCGAACCCUGCCAUUGCUGCCGCCGCCGCCGCCACCGAGACCUACAUUGUCCAAGUGCCCAAGGACCAAAUCUACCGCGUCCCCCCGCCGGAGAACGCCUACCUCGUUGAGCACUACCGCAAGCAGCUCAGCAGCCGCAGGCGCCGCCGCUGCCCCUGCUUCUCCUUCCUCAAGUGGCUCCUCAUCGCUGCGCUCGUCCUUGCGGUCACAUUCGCCAUCUCCGCCAUUGCGUUCUUUGCCGUGGUUCACCCCGGUGCCCCAAAAUUCACUGUGGACCGGGUCUUCGUCGAGAACCCGAAGAAGCCGGCGUACGACGUGGCCAUGCACGCUGCAAACCCAAGCGCGAGGAUGGGGAUCGUGUACGAGGGAGGCGGUAAGGCCACUCUCUCUCACCGGGGGGUGAACGUAGCUGGCGGGACGACACCGGGAUUCCAACAGGGGGCGCAGAACACGACACGGUUCAGGCUCGUGCUAUCGGGCUCACAUGCGGCGCCACCGAAGGAGAUUGAGCGUGGAUUGAAGGGGUCCAAAGAGGUGGUGUCUCUCACGUUAACGGUCGAAUUCAAAGUCAGGGCCAAAAUUAGCGGGAUUGAGAUAGGGGGGAUGAGCGUGGGAGUCACGUGCGACGUGAAGGUGCAUGGAUUGGUGAAGGACGUGAGAAUAGCCUCGCAAGCGUGCAAGACCAAUUUCCGUACGUGAGAAAUUAUAAUUGGUUAAUUACUUAUUAUGGAACCAA